GGGAUGGUUGGGGAUUAUAUUUAGUAAAGUCUCUUUAUUACUUAAAUUUACUUUACUCUUUCAGUUUAGCAUUUUCAAUAAAAUCCUGAAAAGACAUACCUGUUUUUUUAUUUUGAGUGAAUGUUAAAGCUGAUCUUCAUGGCCCUAUGAUGUAAUAAGAGAAGAUACAUGCUUAUUUGUAGACCUAAUUGAAAACCACAGUAAACCAUCUACGCGGUUUCCCGGACACAGAUUCAUUUUAGUCCUGGACUAAACUAUUUCAAUGGAGAUUCAUAAUUUACUGUAUGUUUUAGUCCAGGACUAGGCUUAAUCAAGAAAUAACUGAAUAUAAACUCUGAAAUAAGUGAUUACAGCCUGUUAAGAAUUGUAUGCGGUAGUGAGGAAAUGUAAUUCCAAGCAGAUAUUUAUAUACAUCUCACAUAGACAAUAAAAUCCAGUAAAAACAUGGAUUAUAUUUUUAUGAAAUGAUCCGUUUAUAUCUCUCAUACAUUCAUUGGUGCUGAUAUCAAUAAACUAACACAUCGAGCAUAAUAAAUACUCGGUUAACAGCUGAGUUUGCCAGGAGGCCUUCUCUACUUACCUCACCAUGUAUUGUUAACGAUGCAUUGUGGGAUGAAAUAAGAUGCUGGCAGAGAAGAGCUGCUAGAAAAUGCUCAAAACACAAGAAGAGGUGGCAGCUCAGCCAAUGGCAGGCACGAUCCAUCAAGUAAGCAAAGCUUGAUAUCCACUAAGGGGAAUUACCUGAUUACGAAGGGGAUAGUAUCAGCAUCUCCUAUAUAAGGCAUGACUGACAGGAAGGCAGUAAUCAAGAAUGCUGACAUGUCUGAGGACAUGCAGCAGGAUGCAGUGGACUGUGCUACCCAGGCCAUGGAGAAGUACAAUAUAGAAAAGGACAUUGCAGCCUACAUAAAGAAGGAAUUUGACAAGAAGUACAACCCUACAUGGCAUUGCAUUGUUGGAAGGAACUUCGGCAGCUACGUCACUCAUGAGACAAAGCAUUUCAUCUACUUCUACUUAGGGCAGGUGGCCAUCCUCCUCUUCAAGUCUGGCUGAGUUCUCUUUGAGGCCUGGAGUGCCUCUCUUCUCAACAUGGACUGUAAUGCACUGGUGGCUGAUGUCACAACUUCCCACACACUUCAAAUAUUAAAAUUAAAACAUACCAUGAUACACAACUGGCUGUGCGCAACUGCAUGGACUACGAUGUACCAUAUUUAAUGUGUAUAUGUUACAGUAAAAAUAUUACUUUUCACUAGUUUCCAUAAAAUGCAACUGGAAGAGAUUUUUGUUAAUGCUACAUUUUGUUAAAAUUAAUUUGUAAAUGCUUUAACAGUGGCCUUUGAUUGUAUAAUAAAGGAAAGCUAGAGAUUGUAGUUGUGCAUCUGCUUUCCCCCAGAGCUGUUUUGUUUUUGAUGACUUCUGUCCUGUCAUUUUAAAUGUGUUGAGUUGCUCAAGACGUUGACUUACUACAGCAGUUUGUAAUACCUGUAUAUUGCCAGAGGUACAAGUGAGCCUAGAGCAGUGUAUUUGGUCAUGUCGUCCCAGAUUUGCAACUGCUGUUAUCGAUCCCAUUAUCUCACAAUCUUAUUUCAUGAGCUGGACUGACAUUUUUCUAUUGCUAUUUGUAUUCCAAGCUAGUAGAGUUCCUAUGCCAACUUGUUUAGAUGCUUGGAGGUUCCAUUUGCAGAGGGUUGACACCAUCCACACUUGAACCUAUUCUGGCUGUGCAACAAAGGACUGAAUGUUGGCGUUCAGGUCCUUUUGUAGACUUUCAAAUUGUAAGAAAAUAUUAAUCAUUAGUGGUUACAUUUUUUAAAAUUGUAUUUGCUAUUUUGGUUGGUUCUGUUUAUAGUUUAAUGCAAAUUGUAUGAUUUGCACAGACGUACCUCUUAUUGUUCUCAGUUCAUGGGCACCUGAACUCAAUUGCACUUCACUAAAGGGAUAUUUCAGCAAUGAGGCCCUAGAUCUACUCCCCCAGAGUCCGAUUCACUUGAUACCAUUGUCUGUCCAGUGUGGAGGAAGUUGGUCGUUUCGUGAGCUUAACGCCAACUAGCGUUGGUGUAAUGACUUGAAGUUGCUAGUAGAUAACCAUAGACUUCCAGUCAUCGCGCUAACGGAUCAAAGUUUUAAUUGACUCAUGGCAAGUAGCUAAAGGGCCUCGUUACCAAAAUGCUGAAGUGUCCCUUUUAAAGGUGUCCAGUAAACUUGGAAACUUUAAUAUAGUCAAUGUAUAUUCAAGCCAAUGAUUAAACGUUUCAUUGUAUCCUGA